ACAAAAUAUGAAGUAUGAACUACAGUGAUUCUAGCAAUCGCUAUCAAUAGGUUUGUUCCCGAGUCUGUUCGUUGGCUUCUCGUUCAUGGUAAAAAGGAACAAGCUCUGAAUAUUCUUACUAAUGUGGCUAAAGUUAAUAAGAAAGAAAUGCCAACAGACGACCUUGCGGUCCCAGCAUCUCAUGACUCUAAAGGUUUCUUGGAGCUUUUUCGCGGCAGAAAAAUGGCACUGAUGACUCUUGUACAGUGCUAUGCGUGGUUUAUAAAUGGUAUGGUAUAUUAUGGUGUAUCAUUGAGUUCUGGUGAAUUAGGAGGGAGUAUUUACCUGAACUUUGUCGUGACCAGUCUUGUAGAGAUUCCAGGAAAUUACCUGGUCAUCGACAACUCAAAUCGGUUUGGUCGRAAGAAGACAGUGAUUGGUCACUUUAUAGCUGGCGCCAUUUGUUGCAUUGCUGUGUCUUUUAUACCUUCAGGAACGGACAAUACAGGAUUUAUAGUUGGUCGAGUGACGCUGGGUUCUCUUGGCAAGCUGUUCAUCACUGUUUCCUUCAAUGCUAUUUAUAUCUGGUCCGCAGAAAUCUUUCCAACUGUUGUCAGGAACACAGGCAUGGGUUUGCUGACCAUAACUAGCCGUAUAGGAGCUGCAGCGUCGCCGUUUGUGGUMCAAAUGUCUCGUAUCAGUGCUAUUCUACCSUUUACUUUAAUGGGAGCUGGAACAUUCCUCGCUGCUUUUAGUUGUAUAAUUUUACCAGAAACAAGGGGAAUGCCAACCCGUGAAGUUGUCGGCGACGAAGUUAUGAUGAAUGAAAUGGCCAUUAAAGACGAUGCCAAGAACAAGAACGACACAAAACRCGACAUAAACAUAUUAAAUGAACCAGAAUCUGAGAAGUCAGAAAAUUAGAUGUAAUAGUUUUUCAUAUUUACUUCUAAAGAAAUACCAAAAAAGGAUGGAUUUUUAUAUUCAACGUCAAGAGUUUUUUUAUUCCAGAUGCACUACGUGCGAUUCUAACUUUUAUAAAAAAGGACGGCCUGUAUCAUAUGUCUUUAUAAAGAAAUAAUGUACUAGCAGUAACCUUCAAGAAAUAGUAAAAUUUAUGGAAAAAAAUAAUCUUUCCUACCCAAUAGCGUUAUACUAAAAUUUCAAUUUACUAUGAUUUUUUAUUAUUUUUUAGCAGAAAUUCUAAAAAAGGAAAUGUUMAUUCAUGAGUUAAUUUCCUCUUCAAGCAAUAAAUAAGACAAUUUAGAAAAAGUCAUUAAAAAUCUAUUAUUAUACCAAAUACUCUUUCUUAUUAAUCUUUCCUUCCUUCCAGACGGACUGAUCUACUUUGCGACAACAGAAAUAAUAUAGACUUCGAAUAGUUUAUUCACUUUUCUCCAGAAUUGUCUUUGUCUAUGUUUAUCCCGAGUAUUCAAAACAAGUAAAAGAUAAUAAUAAAUAAAAAUAAUGGCAUSUUAAUUUUAGCACUA